CUGUUCUCUCUCUUUACUGUCUCUCUCUCUCAUUAAACCCUUCACCAACUGCACCGAAUCUUCUGUAUCCUUCUUCUCUCACGUGUAUUCUAGAGAGAGAAAGAGUUGUAGAGUGAGAAACCUAUAGUUGAAUUGUGAAAAAACAGGGGAAUAGCCAUGCCUCCAAGUGAAGAUCUUGAAAGCAGGGGAGCCAAAAACAGGGGAGGCAGCUACACAUCGUCUUCUGUGAUUGAAGAUUCGGAGACCCAAUGGACUUCAUGGCUUGUGCCCAUGUUUGUUGUGGCCAACGUUGCUGUUUUUGUCGUUGCCAUGUAUAUUAAUAAUUGCCCCAAGGAGAAUUCUAGGGCUCAAGGCAAGUGUGUGGCAGGGUUUCUUGGGAGGUUCUCGUUUCAGCCUCUGAAGGAGAAUCCUCUGUUUGGCCCUUCUUCCAAGACAUUGGAAAAGUUGGGAGCUCUUGAGUGGAAAAAAGUUGUCAGUAAGCAUCAAGGAUGGAGGCUUGUCACUUGCAUCUGGUUACAUGCUGGUGUCAUUCAUCUGCUUGUAAACAUGUUGAGCUUGGUCUUGAUUGGUAUUCGACUCGAACAGCAAUUUGGUUUUGUGCGGAUAGGAGUAAUUUACCUGUUGUCAGGAUUUGGAGGGAGUGUUCUUUCGUCUCUAUUUAUUCAAAAUAGCAUCUCUGUUGGGGCUUCUGGUGCUCUUUUUGGGCUUUUGGGAGCAAUGCUUUCAGAGCUUAUUACAAACUGGUCCAUGUAUACAAACAGGGCUGCAGCACUACUCACACUCUUGGUCAUUGUUGCGGUUAAUCUAACCGUUGGGAUUCUGCCACGUGUCAAUAAUUUUGCCCAUAUUGGUGGGUUCGUGACAGGUUUCUUCCUGGGCUUUAUUUUGAUGCCUCGACCUCAGUUUGGGUGGAUAGAGGGUCGGAACCUUCCAGCUGAUGUCCGUGUCAAAUCCAAAUACAAGGCCUACCAAUAUGUGUGCUGGCUGGUUUCUCUUGUUCUGCUGAUUGCAGGAUUUACAGUUGGAUUAGUGAUGCUGUACAAGGGAAAGAAUGGGAGUGAACACUGCCAUUGGUGCCACUACCUCAGCUGUGUCCCAACCUCUAGCUGGAAAUGCGAUGAGACUCAAUUUUAGGAGGGGUCCCUCUCUCUCUCUCUCUGUCCCUGUCCCUGUCCCUAUCUUUGCUAGUGUGUAAAUUGCAUAGUGAUAGCUUCAGUAGAUAGAGCCUAAACCAAGUUUCAAGUUGUUGGCUUGUUUUGAUGUAUGUAUAAGCGGGUGUUGUUACUGUUGUAUUUGCUCUUACACAAGAUUUCUUAUUGAAUUCUGUUGAGAUGACCAACAAGAAUUAGGCUUCACCAUCU